AUGUCGGGGCAGAGCAUUACGGACAGGAUCACCGCAGCCCAGCACAGUGUAACGGGAUCUGCCGUGUCCAAAACAGUGUGCAAGGCCACUACGCACGAAGUCAUGGGCCCGAAAAAGAAACAUUUGGACUACUUAAUCCACUGUACCAAUGAAAUGAACGUGAACAUUCCGCAGCUGGCCGACUCUCUGUUUGAGCGGACCACCAACACCAGCUGGGUGGUGGUCUUCAAGUCUCUCAUCACCACACAUCACCUCAUGGUCUAUGGCAACGAGCGAUUUGUUCAAUAUCUGGCUUCCAGGAAUACACUAUUUAAUCUCAGUAACUUUCUGGACAAAAGUGGUUUACAAGGAUAUGACAUGUCCACGUUUAUUAGGCGGUAUAGUCGAUAUCUGAAUGAGAAAGCUGUUUCAUAUAGACAGGUUGCCUUUGACUUCACAAAAGUGAAGAGGGGGGUGGAUGGUGUAAUGAGAACCAUGAAUACUGAGAAGCUGCUAAAAACAAUUCCAAUUAUUCAGAACCAAAUGGAUGCACUGCUAGAUUUCAAUGUCAAUGCCAAUGAGUUGACUAAUGGAGUGAUCAAUGCAGCGUUUAUGCUGCUCUUCAAAGACUCCAUCCGGCUUUUUGCAGCGUACAACGAAGGCAUCAUAAACCUCCUCGAAAAAUACUUUGACAUGAAGAAAACUCAGUGUAAAGAAGGUCUGGAUAUCUAUAAGAAGUUCCUCACUCGAAUGACCAGAAUAUCGGAAUUCCUCAAAGUAGCAGAGCAAGUAGGCAUUGACCGGGGUGACAUUCCAGACCUCUCACAGUUCACAGUCUGUGCUCCUAGUAGCCUAUUGGAAGCUCUGGAACAGCACUUGGCAUCGUUAGAAGGAAAGAAAGUGAAAGACUCCACCGCUGCCAGCAGAGCCAGCACGCUGUCAAACGCAGUCUCAUCACUGGCAAGCACAGGGAUGUCUUUCACUAAGGUUGAUGAGCGAGAGAAGCAGGCGGCUUUGGAAGAAGAGCAAGCACGACUGAAGGCACUGAAGGAGCAGCGACUCAAAGAGCUUUCCAAGAGGCCCUCGUUUUCUACGACAGACACAUCACCAGUUUCCACCACCGGGGGCACUAUUAGCACAGCACUCGCUAUAGACCUCUUCUCAACACCCAGCUGCUCUAAUGGCGCGGUGAAGAUAGACAGCGACUUGUUUGACCUGCAGUCCUUCCAGGCCUCAGUGCAGGCGGGCUCUGGGGGGCUUCCUGCAGCCUCAGCCUGGUCCGAUCCUUUCACCUCUGCAGAAGACGGAGAUGAGUCCAUGCCAAACCUUAACCCUUUCCUCUCCAAACUUGUUGCUGAUGCCUCUCACUUACCUGUCGUGUCCUCUGACGGCGUUAGCUUUUCCUCUAGGACUGCUCAUGAAAUGUUUGGUGAUCGUUACAAUCCCUUUAUUGACACAAACUCAACAGCCAAUAACAGACGCACAGUGCGGAUAGAGCACUCCGUCUCAGACUCCUUCUGUGGUCCAGUGUCUGUGGCUCAGCACCUCCCACACCAGGCUUCUUUCCCUGUUGAGCCGUCCGCUGUAACAGGUCUAUUCAAAGGAUACGGACCACCGCAUGCCCCCCAACAGCCAGCAGGGGAACUGCACGUAGACUUUGAGUCUGUUUUCGGAACAAAAGCCACUGAUGAUAUUACUGGGGGCAUGCUGAAACCCACUCUUGCCGGCUCUGACCUGCUGCCCAAUCAGCUGCCAGAUAAGCUGGUCUCAGAUGAUCUUGACUCUUCAUUGGCUAACCUUGUCGGCAAUUUGGGUAUUGGUAACGGCACAAUGAAAAAUGACAUCCACUGGAGCCAGCCUGGAGAAAAACGAAUGACCGGCGGGAUGCACUGGCAACCCAAGGCAGCACCCUCCACAACCUGGAACCCAGUGUCCAUGGCACCGUCAGUCAUGGCCUUCCCCGCCACUACACCCACCGGCAUGAUGGGAUAUGGCAUGCCUCCACAAGUGGGCUCAAUGGGAGUCAUGAAUCCACCCACGAUGAUGUACAGCCAGCCUGUAAUACGGCCCCCCAACCCCUUCGGCUCUGUGUCGAGUGCUCAGCCCUCCGCAGCCUCUAGUCCUUCCAGCCAGAAGGAUCUGUUUAGAUGGAGUUCAUGUGAAUUGGAAGAGGAGUUUCUCUUAGAGUGA